AGUACACUCCAGUGUUGAGAAUAUAUGUGCUAUGUUGCAUGUAGCCAUGUACAGAGCAGUGGUGGUUCAUUGAUCAAAUCUGCAUUUGACAGAGGGUUCAGAUUUCAGAUUUACAUGGCUGGGCGAAGUUGCCCCAAGAACAAGUCUUGCCACUGCUACAAAAGAUGCGUGGACCAUCCGGAUGGAAUGAUGAAGUGCCUCCUUAGUCACGCCAACUCCAAUCGCAAGCAUGGAACGACUAUAAUCCAAAUAUUUGGUUCGUGCUGUUGCAAUAAAGACUCUUCCUGUGCUCCCACCAAAAAUGGUAUAAUGGUUCGAGAAGGAAGUGCAAACUCAAUUGAUACCUCAAAGGGUUCUAGUGAUCAUGCCAGUCAAUCUUCUGCAAAUGAAACACCUGAGUCAUUAUCUUCGUCUGAGGAAUCAGAAGAUAGUCCAUCUGAGAGUCAAUCUUCCCAAUUGGGUCAUUGUAAGACUUCCACCAAACUUUGGAUCAUAUCAAAUAAGCGCGAUCUCACUCCAGAGCAAGAGGAGAAAAUAGAUGAUCUCGUCAAGAAAAUCCAGCCUCAGUUUCCUGUCCUUGUGGUUCAAAUGAAGAAGAGCAGUACCAAACGUGAGAACCCUGCUGUGGUCAUUUCUAAGGGCUAUGCAGUCGAAUACUUUCCACGAAAAACCCAAAUCAUCACGCUUGAGCGUCCAGGAUGUAAGAAGAAGUGGCAUCCCAGGCUCCAUAUUAGGCCAAACAGAAGUGGAUACAUCCUGUACGGGCAUUGGAAAAACUUUGUUCGCGAUAACAAAUUAAAGACGAAUGAUAUUUGUAUCUUUCAACCAAUCAAGGGUAAGAAGUUUAGAGUGAUUGUCCAUCUGCUUGGCGAAGCUAGCACUCAUUCCCGCAGUCUGCGUCCUCGUGACUCAAACAAUGGUUGUGCAAGGAAACAAUCUUCAGCAGCACAUGUUCAUGAGAAUUCGAGCAGCAGGGACAAAUUACUACAGUUGAACCAUCGUCAACAUCAUAGAGUCGCGAAAGAUGUUUGCGCUUCAGAUGAUUCAGGGGAACCUUCUCACCCUCCUCCCUUCGUUGUGCUACGCCAUACCAGUUUGACUCCUGUGCAGGAGAAGGCAGUGGACGAGGAAGUAAAGGCCAUCCAGAGUGAUGUGCCAAUUUUUGUGGCAAACAUGAGCGAGGAAAUUCUUGGUGACAAUGGUACCUUUUCCCUUGACUUUGCCUCGCGAUAUGCCGCACCGCAUUUUCCUGAUGGGAAGCAAACUCUGACGCUCUCUCAAGACGGGUGGCGCAAGGCAUGGCACAUCAAGAUGCUGAACCGGCGGAUGCUCCCUGGAGAAUUGCGCGAGUUCGCCGUCGACAACCGGCUGCGAACCGGAGACCUCUGCCUGUUUGAGCCGAUGAAGAAUGAGAGGCUUGCCAUGGCAGUCCGGAUCAUUCGCAGCGAGCAGUAUUCUUAGCUGGCCUUCUACUGGUGCUGUGGUGUGGUUUGGGAUGCGAUGGCUCUGUGGCCUUAAGGAAAACCUUAGAUGUGUCGGAUUAUCUCCCAGGGAGUUGUUUCUGCUUGAGAGUGGUUCUGCUUUAGCAUGCUGAAUAAUGCCCCUCGAUGCAGCGUGCAGUGAUAUGCACUGCUUGAUGACCGAGAGGCUUCCCAGUUCCUACUAUAGUAACUUGUUAGCGUCAUCAACUUCUGUUAAUCUAGAUACAAAAUAACCUGUGCACUUCUCAUGGCUGAUCCUUUGUGUAAUU